UUUUAGCUUUCUCUGGAAGUGCUUUCUCUUGUCACCUUCAAACACCAUGAAGUGGGUUCCAACCCCAGAAGGGGUGAAAGAGGGGAGGCCUUUGGUUCCUCCACUUCCCUCUUGGACAGAAGACGUGGAGUGUUCUUUCAGGAAGUGGUUACCACAAAAAAAUCCCCGCUUUCUCUGAGGUCCUGCAGCUCUCUGCACUGGGAAUCAUAGGGUGACACUUGUUGCAGCCAGCCCAGAAGGAGCCCUAGAUCUGAAGACUCAGGCGCCUGGGAGAAUGUGAAGUGAGAGACUUCGCUUGAUUCACUUCCAUUAAAGCUGGGUAUUGGGAGUUCUUCCCAGGAUUCUCGGAGGAACUCCUGCUGGUCUUCCAUAUACUUUUUUCCUAGAAAAGAGAACCCAUUUUUCCACGGGCAUAAAAGACCUCUACUGGUAAUGUAAGAUUCUUCCCUCACAUUAGCAACCAUCCAACGUUCUCUUGGUUUUCUUUGAAAGUGGGGUGUCUGUUCAGGAAUGGUUGCCCUCAGAGGUAAGAGUGGGGGAGAUCGCCCAGCUCAGUGACCCUGGACUCACAAGGAGCCAAGUUGCCCUGAAAGAUCAUGAACUUGUCUUCUGAGCACUGCAACAUAUCAGAUUGGCUGAGGCUGGAAGCAACGGUGAAGGCCUCUGUGUACACUGUUGCCUUCUUCUUUGCCACAUCUGUCACUAUCAUCAUCGUCACAAUAGUAUCACAGAAUUCGAAGCUGAAGAAAGAGGCCCGAUACAUCCUCCUGUGUCACCAUUUGCUGUGCAUCUCCUCCUACUGUGGCCUGGGGGUGGUAUUCCAAGGGAUGCGGGCUCUGCUGGCCAAUAGUCCAGUGCUGAUGUGCUGGGUGGUAUUUGGGGUCCAGCUAAGUGUUGGAGAAGGGAUCCUCUUCACCCUGGCCUUGAUGGCUGUCAACACUUACCUGGCUAUUUGCUGGCCUUUGAAAUCUCUGGCCUUUGUAGAUUCAGUUAAGUAUAGGGUUCUUACUGGGUCUUGGAUAAUCAUUAUAUUCAAGAAUGUUUGCUUAUUCCUCAUAGAGGGUACUAGCCCUCCUCAGGGUGCUGUUUUAAAAUCUGAACCCCUUUGCCCUGUGAUCUUGAAUGGCUCUGCUGCCAGAGCCAUUGGCAUGGUUUUCCUUUUCCUUCUUCUGUCCAUCAUUCUUGUAAGUUACUCUCUGAUCUACCAAGAAGGGAAACGGGCUGGCCAUUUUAAUAGAUCAAAUAUCAAAGCAAGGAAAACAGUCCUUAUUCAUUUAGUGCAGAUGGGUUUACAUGUGAUACCAACCCUGAUAUUCAUAGGUUUGGGAAAGAUGUGUGGGUUGUUUUUCUUUGUUUUAAAUCUGGUGCUUUUUGGAGUCUUUGCAUUUGCCCAAUGUCUUAACCCUCUGAUCUAUGGGCUCUGGAAUAAAGAGCUGCAAAGCAGAUUGUACCGUUGGAUGUGCUGUCAGUUGUGGUGUGGUCACAUGAUGACCAACAGAGAGACAGUUUAACCUGAAAUUCAGCCACACUGAAUCAAUAACUCUAGCCCUAAUGGAUCAUCAGCUAUGCUUGAGGACUUACUUUUUACUCAACCAUAUGAGUGAGUCAGAGUUAUUCAUCUGGCUUGCAAAUUUUGCGGCUGUGUACAUGGAAUUGGCCUCUGUGAAAUCACUUCAUGUCUUUAAUUUUAAACCCAGAUCAACAUUUUUAGCAGCAUGUCCUACUGUGUCUUAGUAAUGAGGCAGUUUUUGAGAAUGCACUAUUUUUUAAAAACUGAGAAACAGUCCAUGGCUGAUAGGAAAAGAAGAAGUUUGGCUGUUCCUUUAUUAUUAAUUAGGAAUAGGCUUGGCUACAUGUAAUAACAAAACAGAAACAAAAUAACAAUGACUUUUUUAAGGUUUGAGAUUGUUCGUUUAUUUCUGAUGUAAAAGGAAUCUGGAGGUAAACAAUCCAGUCUUAUACAGCAGCUUUGUAAGCAAUGGGUUCAUUCUCUUCUAUUCUGCCAUGAUUACUAUAAUGCCUCAUGACCCAAGAUGGCUGUUAAUGCUCCUGUCAUCACAUUCAUAACUCUAGCCAACAGAAAGGAGGAAGGAGCAAAGGAGGGUUUAUACCCUCCUUCUAAAGACUCUUUUUAGAAAUUACACAAAACACUUUUUCUUAUAUUUAACUGACCAAAACUUAGUCCUAUGGUUAUGUGUGGCUUUAAGGGAGAGUGGGAAUAAAUUUUAGCUGGAUAGUAGUGUCCCUAGCUAAAAAUUGGGGUUCUUGAUACUAAGAAAGGAAGGAAGAACAGUUAUGAGGAGGCAAAGUUAUUUCAGGGACCAUUUUCCUCUCAACCAAAGAAAGUAUAAAGAAAGACAAUGGCUGGGUUAUAAUAAAAAAAUAUACUCUGCCUCUUUCAGUGUGGUACUUGGAGUUAACUUUUAAAAGUUCCAGAACACUUUAAUUGUAUUUUGUUAACAGUUCUCAAAGAAAAUGGCAUUAAGAAGAACAUUGAAUUGGUUUAAACAUGGGAAUUAACUCAUGAUUUAAAUCUAAGCCAUUUUGAAGCAGUAGUACAAAAUAAAGUCCUUCAUGGGAGUUUACAUAUGAGAUUUCUUUAGAUGAAACAUCCACUUCUAAGUAAGUCAGGAUUCAGUUCUAGAAACAGGAAUCAUUACUCUACGUACUUUAGACACAUGGGUUUAAUAUGGGACUUAGAUCCUUACAAAGACACCAGCAGGGCUGGAGCAGUGGAAAUCAGGAGCUACCACUUGUUGGUGUCAAAAUCCCACAGGGAUCUGGUGGUCUAGCUGCUGUUUCCACCAUUGCUGCCCAUGCCUCAGGCCCCUCUUAAUGUAGUAAAUUUGCAAAAGAAGGAGCAACUGGAAGAUGGCCUCCUCUUCCUUUCAUCUUUCAAAUCUCAAGUGAUUGCCUCUAACUGGUGAAUCUCAUCUGGCAUUAAGACCCUACAAGCAAAGAAGUCUGGGAAAUAUAGUUCCUAGUUUCACAGGAACAGGAAGUUAUCCCAAAGUGAGGGUGAAAUGAGGAUUGAAAGAGCCAAUCCACGGGAUCCACAAUUAUGACACUUAGCUUUAUUUACAGGUGAUAACAACAACAGGAGCAAAAUAGUUGCUCAACACAUUCACAGCUAUUAAGUUCCUGACACUAUGCAGGCCAUUUUAUAUACAUAAAAUCAAAUCCUCACAACAGGUAUAUAAUAUAGGUAUUAUUAUUCCUGAUUUAGAAAUGAGAAAAACUAAGGCUUAGAAAGGCUGUACAGGAGCUUAGGAGGACAGGAACUUCCCUUUCACAUUUUCCAUUUACAUGACUUGGCCGAAGGUGUUCAUUGAGAGCUGGACCAAAUUUCAUAAGAAAAUUUCCCCUUUGCUUUGGGUAUAGACUCCUGUCUUGUGGAACAGAGCCUCUUUUCACCCAUUGUUUUGAUUACACUUUCCCAGCCUUAGACCCUCACUUAUUUUCAGAUUCUAGUGCCUUCCAUAUCAUGUCUAGACUCCAUUUUGGCUUCAAGUCCUUCUUGCCUCUUCUCUGGGUGUUCAUUGUGUCUUCUCUCUUCCUCCAUCCUCAACUCUGAGAUUUCAAAGCAUGACCUUCUCUUUUGCAAUAUGAAAAUCUCUCCAAGGCCAGAAAGACUGCCAGGGUUGAUUACCUUUGUGUCCUGGCACUCGACACAGCGCCUGUAGAUAGCAGGUGUACAAAUGAUGUAAUGGACUCACUGGUCAGUAAGACAUGCCCUUUUCACAAAUUCCUUCCUCACAAAACCCAAGCUGUCUCUUUGUUUUUAUUGAAAUAUAAAAUAAUCUGAGUGCCAAGAGUAGAAUAAAAACUCAAAAAAUUUACCCAAAUUAACUCAGUUAUAAGCCCUAGGUCUAAAAUACACCAUUUAAUUUAUCCUUAAAGCUUUCCUUUUUUCCCCUUUUUUGGGGGUGAGGUGUUACAUUUUUUUAUUGAAGCAUAAUUAACAUACAAUGUUAUAUUAUUUUUAAAUGUACAGUACAUUGACUUGACAAUUUUAUGCAUUACUCAGUGCUCACCAUGAUAAGUAUAGUUACCAUCUGUCACUAUAUAACAAUAUUAAAAUAUUAUUGACUAUAUUCCUUAUGCUGUACUUUUCAUCUCUGUGUCUUAUUUAUUUUAUAGAUGGAAGUUUGUACCUUUUAAUCCCCUUCACCUGUUUCACUCAUUCCCCCUACCAAUCUCCCUCUGGUUUGUUCUCUGGAUUUAAGAGUCUAUCAUAAAUGACGUCAACAAUAAACUUUCUCAUGAUGUAUAAAUCCUUUGCACUCAUUAGAGAACUUUAAACUUGGACAAGAUGUGCAAGGAAGAGAGGAAGUGGUGGCUAAAGUCACUUGAAAUUUGUUGAGGGUUCUUGUAAGGUGUUUCUUUUGUCUAUAGAGCUAG